UCAAACCUGACCUAUGUUUGUGGCCCUCGAGGGCUGAGUUUGGACGCUGCUGACCUAGCACAGCAUUAUCCAUCCAGUAACAGAUGGGUUAAAAAAGAGCCAGUGAUGUCAGAUCCUCAGGGAUUCCUGAGUCAGGGCAAAAAAAGGUGAAGCUGUUUCUUCAUUUGACUCCUCCUUUGUACAGUGCACAACCUUCCCCUCUCCCUCUGUAUGACUCAAUCUGUGCACUUCUCACUGCUGUCUAAAUACUCCUGAGCUUGCACGGUCUAUUAGAUGCUAAACUGAGACCUGGCUGUGUUUGCAGAUCCUAAGGAGGGUACCAGAUUCAAUACACAAGCAUCUGGUCUCCCUCAAGAAUUGGAUACAAAAACAGAGGAACCAUAAUCUUUACAGAUUUUCUUACACUGAGCCCAGCCAAAAAAUAAUUGUGUUGAUACCAUCUUUCUGCCUUUUAUCAUAAAAUUAGACAACAGUUCAAGAGAUGCCAGCAAAAACUCCUAUCUACUUGAAGACCUCGACUCCCAAGCGGGGGAAAAAACCUAAGCUUCGAGAUGUGCUUUCAAGAGAAAUGAUUAGCCCUCCUCUAGGGGAUUUUAGGCAUAGUGCUCAUAUAGGGCUGGACGGAGAAGGGGACAUGUUUGGUGAGCUGUCUUUCUUGCAAGGAAAAUAUGACCUUAUUCCAAGCCUUGGCAGGAAGUUCACAAUCCAAAGUGCCGACGCCAGCCUGGAUGAAGAAUUCAACUCUCAUUCAAAUUCCAUGAGCUAUCGUCCUAUUCUGAAGAGUGCUGUGUCUCUUCCCAUGUUUAGUGGUACCCAGAGUAAGGAGAAAGCUCCUCCCAAACCUCCCCGGCUCCACCUGGAAGAGGCACCAAGCCAACGCUCUAUGUCAAUCAGUUAUGGAGAGGGAUGUUUCCAUCGUGAAGAGGGAAUGUCUUUUUCAUCUGUCUCUAAUGACGAACGUAGUAGGUUUUUAGCUGCCUCUGUAAGCUCGUCAGAUGAUUCUAUCUCUGAUAAUGGUCCACCCAGUCCAGGUACAACACCAAACAACAGAGGCAAUCAGUAUUACCAAGAGAAGGAAAUUCCAAAAUCAGAGUCCAUUUUUGGGUUGGAACUGGACCUUGGACCUUCUAUUCUGGAUGAUGUUCUUAGGAUAAUGGAUGACUACAAACUCUAAAGGAUGUGAGGGUCUUAACAUUAUUUUUGUAUAUAGACUUUACCAACACUAUUUAUUAAUGUUGACAAUUGUUUUGAAGGAAAUUGACCAACACAAAAAUGGAAACAGUUUUACACCAUAAAAUAAUGGUGUCCACUAAAGUAGUUGGAGAUUUUUUUUUAUCAGAAGAUGUGUUUGUAGAUGUGAAUGUAGGACAACAAAUAUGUUUGGGAAACAGGAGAACCUCUUUUUUUGAAAGAGCUUAGAUUCCUUUAGAUUUUUAGAGGCUAAAUAUGUUUCCUAUUUCUUUCCACUAAUGUUUUGAUAGAUAAACAUCUUGUAUUGGAGAAAUAAUGGUCACGCUACACAUGUGGACUCUUUUUUGUAGGCUUUAAAACCUGUAAAAGUAAAAAUAACUACAUUUUUUUAAGUAUGGACAUCUCAAUAAUACACUUUUGAGGAUUAUUUAAUGUUAUAACUUUAUAUUAAAAUUCUGCUCAAGCUACA